AUGGUCUCCGCUAUCGCCUCGAAGCUCUUCACACCGUUCGUUCUUGGCGGCAAGAAAUCCCCCGUCGAGCUCAAGCAUCGCGUCGUCAUGGCUCCAUUGACACGCCUCCGUACUGGUGACAGCGGCGUCCCCACCGCUCUAGUGGCCGAGCACUACGCGCAACGAGCCACGGAUGGAGGUCUGCUGAUCGCCGAAGCCACCAACAUCAGCCCUACAGCUCGCGGAUACUUUGGUGCCCCCGGCCUCUUCACACAAGACCAAGUGGACGGCUGGAAGCUGGUAACCAAGGCCGUGCACGACAAGGGGGGCAAGAUCUUCGUGCAGCUCUGGCACACGGGACGCGUUGGUCACCCACUCAACCAACCGGAUGGACAACUGCCAGUGUCGUCGAGCGCGACGAGCGUCGACGAUCUCACGUCGCACGCCGUCACGCGCGAGGGUCGCAAGGACUACGUCACGCCUCGCGCAGUGGAGAUCGAGGAGAUCCCGAGCAUCGUUGAGGACUAUAAGAAAGCGUCGGAGAAUGCCAUCGCCGCAGGUUUUGAUGGAGUCGAGAUCCACGCAGCUAAUGGAUACUUCUUGGAGCAAUUCCUGUGUGACGGCAUGAACAAGCGCACGGAUAGAUACGGCGGCAGUAUUGAGAACCGCGCGCACAUCAUCUUGGAGGUGGUGGAGGCCAUUCUGUCCAGUCUACCGUCGAGCCAAGUUGGCAUCCGGUUGUCUCCUUUCGGCGACACUUUCGGCUGCAAAGACUCGUCCCCCAGCCAGACCUACGGCUACGUCGUGGACAAGCUCAACGACUACGACCUGGCGUACGUGCACCUCAUCGAGCGUCGAGGAAUGCACGCAGCCAACGUCCAGGUGCCCGAAGUCGGCGUCACUCGUCACUUCCGCGACGCCUACAAGGGCGUGCUGGUCACGGCUGCGGGCUACGACCGUGAGGAUGCCAUCAAGACAGUCGAGGAAGGAGCGGCAGACCUCGUCGCCUUCGGACGCGACUUCAUCGCCAACCCCGACCUCGUGGAGCGUCUACGCGUCGGCGCGGAGCUCAACGCGCAGAACCCCAAGACCUUCUACCCUCAACCAGACGUGCCUCUGGAGAGCGGAUACACGGACUACGCGUUCCUCGCGCAGAAGGAGUAA